AUGCAUCACCCUAGCAUGCUCCCCAAAGUGGACCACUGCCAAGAGAUCCUUAAAUACCAGUUCAAAGAUCGCGACCUCUGCUGGGAAGCGCUCCAGAUGGCUGGAAGUGGCGUGAGAAGCGCUGGUUCACGAUCAAUUCCGAAUGGCAACAAACGGUUGGCCAUCGUUGGCGACUUCGUUCUUGAUCUGAUACUCUCCAAAGAUUGGUACGAUAGUGGUGCGCUGGAAGGAACCUGGGACAACAUCCGGCAGUCUGUCGUGUCCAAUGCAAUGUUGGGAAGGGUGGGAACGAGUAGCGAUCUUGUGAAGUGCAUAGAGCUUCCGAACGGGCAGAAACAGGCUUCGUCCAAGAUGAUGGCCACCACUGUUGAGGCGGUCAUUGGUGCCGUCUAUCUGGAUGCAGGACCAACGGGACUUGCUGCCGCCGGGAACGUUAUGCAGGAACUUGGUAUUGAGCAUGGGGGGCAUGCUAUCUGA